AUGGAGCGGCUACUGUCUGGAGGCGACGCUGAGUGCAGCGUACAGCGAGUGAAGGAUAAGAACAGCAAGGGAAAAGAAACUGCUAUCGAGGUGGACGAAGCCGCCUUUCUGGCCAAGUACAAGAUGGGGCAGGAGCUCGGCCGCGGGUCCUAUUCCAUCGUCAAGCGCGCCACCAACCGUAAAACCAAAGAAAAGGUGGCGGUCAAAAUCGUGAACCGUGCGCUGAUCAGCACAGACGACGAGCGACACCUGCAGCAAGAGCUGGAAAUCGCCAAGCGAGUUCACCACCCGAACAUCAUCCGCAUAUACGAGCACAUCGAGACCAAGGACACUGUCUACAUAGUCAUGGAGCUCGCCGAGGGCGGUGAGCUCUUCGAGCGGAUCGUCGCCAAGGGCCACUACUCGGAGGCAACAGCCAAGGCCAUCAUCAGGGAUCUGAAGCCGGAGAACCUGCUCGAGAAGAGUCGUUCGGACGACAUCCAUGUGCUGGUGGCCGACUUCGGCCUUGCAUGCAUCAUCGCGCCGGAAGUCCUCACGGGCGAGAGCUUCGGAUUGGAGGUGGACAUGUGGAGUCUAGGCGUGAUUACCUACAUCCUCUUGUGCGGCUACCCUCCCUUCCACGAUGACGCAAACAGGACGAAAGUGAUCUACAAGCUGAUCAAGCAGGGCAAGUACGAGUACGCGCCAGAACAAAGCUGGCAGGGAGUGUCGUCGGUGGCGAAGGACUUCAUCGACCACCUUCUCGUGGUCGACUACCGGCAGCGAUUCACCGCCAAGCAGGCACUCGCCCACCCAUGGCUCUCCGGGCACAAAGCAGACCACCACGCCCACCACCUGCCGCACCUGGCCACCCAACUCGGCAGUUACAUUCACCUCCGAAAGUCCGACGAGAGCAACAAGCCCAAGCUCGGCGGCCACCUUCACUUUGGACACAAGCACUCGCACUCCUGA